AUGAAUAACACUGCUUAUACACAAAACAUCACAGUUCAAUACUGCUUUCCUUACAUUAACUCUUCUUGCAGAAAGGAGGUGCGAACAGGCCCUGGGAAUAUAUUAUUGUUCAUUUUUCUCUCAUGUGUAUCUGUGUGCACUGUGUUUCUGAACCUGCUGGUGAUCAUCUCCAUCUCUCACUUCAAGCAGCUCCACACUCCAACCAACCUGCUCAUCCUCUCUCUGGCUGUGGCAGAUCUUCUCGUGGGACUGUUUGUUAUGCCUGUGAAUAUCAUGAUGUUGAUAGAUUCCUGUUGGUAUCUUGGCAAAAUUAUGUGCUCUAUUUAUCCAAUAUUUAAUGGUAUAUCAAUGUCAGGCUCUAUCUAUAGCCUAAUACUCAUUGCAGUUGAUCGGUUCAUUGCUGUCACUGACCCUCUGCUUUAUUCCACCAGAGUCACAGUUUGUAAAACUUUGUUGUUGAUAAUUCUGGGCUGGUCCUUUUCUCUACUCUAUGCUUUCAUCUUUUUGUACUUUAAUGAUCAUCUCCUUCCAUCUCAGGCACUCACUGGAUGCUACGGAGAGUGUGUGAUCUAUGUGAAAUAUUCCUGGCUGGUUGGUAACAUUGCUAUUUUUUUUCUAGCUCCUUGUUCUGUCAUACUGAUCUUGUAUUCAAUCAUUUUUAAAGUGGCAAGACGUCAAGCUAAAGCUGUUAGAGCUGUGACAAGGGUUGCUUCAAACAAACACGGACCCAAGGUUUCAAGGUCUUCUGAAGCCAAAGCAGCAAAGACACUGGGAAUUGUUAUCUUUGUUCAUCUUGCUUGUUGGAUACCUUAUUCCUUAUCAGUUGAAAAAAUAACAUCUUUGUCAGUGGUGUGGACUGUGUUUGCCUGGAUAAUAUACAUGAACUCCUCAAUGAAUCCGCUGAUAUAUGCUAUUCUUUAUCCAUGGUUCAGGGCAUCAGUGAAAUAUAUAAUAACUUGUAGAAUGUUUGUGCACUUGUCUUAA